CCGGGUUGAAGGUUAGUUUCUGCUUCACGCGGAAAAAUGGCGACUGAGGGAGAUGUGGAUUUAGACUUAGAGGCCGAUGAGAACUGUACCGGUAAGCCAGUCGAGAAGCCUCGCAAGCAUGACAGCGGCGCUGCGGAUUUGGAGCGCGUCACCGAUUAUGCGGAAGAGAAGGAGAUCUCAAGCUCCGAUCUGGAAACGGCCAUGUCAGUGAUUGGAGACAGAAGGUCAAGGGAACAGAAGGCUAAACAAGAAAGAGAGAAGGAAUUAGCAAAGGUGACUAUCAAGAAAGAAGAUGUUGAACUCAUAAUGAGUGAGAUGGAGAUUCCCCGGGGAGUUGCUGAGCGCAGUCUCAGAGAGCACAUGGGUAAUGUUGUUGAAGCACUAAUUGCACUCACCAACUGAAAAUUCUCUUUGCUCUACUGAAAGACUUCAUACUACUGGGAAGUGUGCUGCUGAGCUACUGCACUUCAAUUCCAGUGCAGAUGAAACACUUCAGACUGGACUGUGCUUGUUUUGCAGCAUAGCGUUUGAUUGCAUCUAAUGGUUCUGUUCACUUCAGUCUCAAGGGCGAAUAUUUGUAUUUUAAGGAAAACUGUAAUAAAAAAAAUUGAGUGUUGACUAAAA